CCCCGCACUCCCCUCAUGAACCCAUCUUAUUUCAACCUCUAAACUCUUCAUCCAAGUAAAGAACACAUCAACAAACAAUACCUAUCAUAACUAGGUACUUACUAGACAUAUAAUCACAUCUAAACUGCCAUCAACACAUUACAUCUACACAAUGGCUUCCACCCCCGCGGUUGAACCCCGCUUCCAACAGCUCUUCCAAGACCUCGAAUCGCGCUUCCAAGCUACCAAUAUCCCCUCUGACAAAUGGUACAUACUUGCCACGGCCACCAUCGUCGCCGGUCCAGAUCCCGAACGCGCAGAUCAAUUAUAUCUAUCCCUGAUCAACCGGCCCGAAAACGCCACUUCCGACGCCCGCCAGGCUCUCGUGCGCCGUAUGCGCGAGGCGCUGUUCAAAGCCGUCCAGAUCGUCGGCGUCUGCAAGCCCAUUGAAGCCAUUCUGGCUAUCAGCAAGUUCGAGCGCGAGGAGGACAAGGAUUACAGCGCCACCCGCAAGGACUGGCAGUGUGACGAGGCCAACCACGAGCGGGGCACUAACUGGCUGCAGAAGCUGUAUGCCGGCAACACCGCGGCUACGCUGGACUUAUUCCGUGCUCACAAAGACUUCGCCUGGUUGUCGACUGAAAUCACGUAUGGGUUGUAUCUGUCCGACCGGCAGGUGUUGGAUGAUGUCGAUACGCAGAUGGUGGUGUUGCCGGCUAUCAUGAGCCAGAACCUCAAGAAUGAGACCCAUUGGCAUAUCCGGGGAACGAGACGAUUGGGACUCUCUAAGGAGGAUGUCCAGGUGGUUUGGGAUUGUAUUCAAUUGGUGGCCAAGUUUUUCGGGGUCAAGUUGGAUAAAGUGCCCACUGUUGAGGCUGUCGAAUAUGAUGUUUGAUUGAGAUCACUGGGUUAAAAUAUAUCGAUAUAUAGCAGUAAUUGAACAAGAUUAUC